AUGACCGUACACAUCUGUAUUGAACCGCCAAGACGCAUUCUGGGGGAGAUGAACAUUCUCUUGACUCUGCUGUCCCUGGCUCACGUCUGCCAGGGGAGAGUGUUUAGUGAGGUGGCAGCCCAGCCUAAGAAUCUCGGACGAGAUCCAGAAUACAAAAGAGUAUGUUAUUACACGAACUGGUCUCAAUACCGGAAGCAGCCCGCCAGAUUCUUCCCGUUUAAUAUUGACCCUUUUCUGUGUACGCACCUCAUCUUUGCGUUCGCUAAAGUGGAUUACAAUGGUCACCUGGCUCCGUAUGAGUGGAACGACAUACAGUAUCCUCAUCUCUACAAACAGUUCACAGGUUUGAAGACCAAGAACCCACACUUGAAAACUCUGUUGGCGGUAGGCGGAUGGACACACGGAUCCCGACCCUUCACGGACAUGGCGAAAACAAAAGUAGGACGUCAGUCAUUUAUAGACCACGCCAUCCAGUAUCUGCGUACGCACAACUUUGACGGUCUUGACCUUGACUGGGAAUAUCCAGCGAAUCGUGGCAGUCCUAAAGAAGACAGAAAGAGAUUUUCAGAACUUGUUAUGGAACUCAAGGCCGCGUUCAUUGACGAAGCGUCCAGGACGGGUAAAGAGCGCCUUCUGUUAGCUGCGGCAGUUGCUGCUGGGGUCAAAAUCGCUGAGUCAGCAUACGAAGUGACGAUUAUAAACAAGUAUUUAGACUUCAUCAACGUGAUGAGCUAUGACCUGCACGGCUCUUGGAGUAAAACACUGGGGAUUAACGCGCCCCUGUACCCCGACCCCGAUAACCAGGACCCUAAAGGUGGACUGAGUGUGUCUUCAUUUGGAUUUCAGGAUAACAUCGUCAAAGACUGGCUUCGUAUGGGCGCCACGAGAGACAAGCUGGUGGUUGGAAUAGCUAUGUACGGUCGCUCCUUCACUCUGUGUUCAGGGUCGCAGGUCAACGUAGGUGACAAGAACUGCGGACCGGGCAAACCAGCGCCCUUCACUAGAGAGAAAGGAUUCAUUUCCUACUAUGAGGUAAUCAUUAUACUCGUCUUUGUUUCAGAGGACCCAGUUACAAUAAAAGACCGACUGAAGAAUGGAUGGACUCGAGUAUGGUCCAGCAGUCAAAUGGUUCCAUAUGCGUACAGCGCCAAGGAGAAACAGUGGGUGGGGUAUGAUGACAUACAAAGCGUGCAGCUCAAGGCUCAGUACAUCAAGCAAAACAAGCUGGCUGGAGCAAUGAUGUGGUCCAUUGACCUCGACGACUUUGCCAACAUAGGCACCAAGGGCAAGGUCUUUCCACUGACGCGUGCAAUCAGGGCGGUGCUAGAGGAUUCGGAAUACCCGUCCUUCCAACCCCCACCAAAAAUAUCUGUGAAUAAGAGACUGCCUCAACCCACAGCUAAAACCCUAGUCCAGAAUGACGGGAAGAAUAAACAGUUGAAGUCUAACAUUCCACGGGUUGAGAGCAAAUCACCAUUCUCACCUCCAAAAUCACCAUAUUCACCUCCGAAAGGGUUUGUCAAGAAACCAAUAUCCAAGACAUACUUGCCUCGUCCCGGAGCGUCAAAGACGAAACCGGAAGUCGAAAGUACUCCUCCCAGCAGAGCAGCAUCUUCACAGGCAGGUGGACCUGUUCUAGGGACGAUAGCAACACCAAAAUACAACAACAAAUCCUAUUCAACCACUACGAGUGUACCCCGUAGCAGUACGCCAGCCACGUCCACAAGAUAUGUUACAAAAGCAGGAACUAUAUCAACUGGACCAAAUAAACCAUUGACUACAUCAACAUUAACUAAACAGGCGUCUAUAUCCACAUCGACAAAUAUGAACCGUAAAGACAAUACCAAAGUUAAGGCAACAGAAACAGCUGCGAUCAGUCAUAAGCGUGAAAAAACUGCAAAAGAAUCGUCCCACGAUAAACAGUAUCCACAGAGCCCAUACACUCCAGCAAAGACGGCGAAAGAGGUAAAAACUGUGUUAAAAACCAUGGCUGUAACAACAACCACUUCAACAAACAGAAAUGCAAAGGAAAAUGCACAAAAGACAACAACGUCUGAAAAUGUUAUUUCACAAGUCAAUGAGCCAGUAGAUUUGAAAUCUGCUGAUAAAUCACUUACAUCACAGGAACAAACUGAACUUCAGUCCAACGUAAAUGACCUCACUUUGAAUACUGACAAUCAAAAGCAUCUGAGCGAAUCAACAAUGUCACCAUUAACGCCUGAAGAACAUCUAAAGUAUCCCAAAAGUCCAUAUAAACCUAAACCUGUAAAACAUAAGGCAACAGAAGGUGCGUAUAAGGUGGGUGUGACAGUCGGAACAACUACGCCAAUAAUCCAGACCACGAUAAAAGCAACUGAAAUAAAACCAACUGAGACCACAACAACGAUAUAUUCAAAUAGUGAGAAAAAGUCCAACAAAACAUGGAAAAGUUCAUCAUAUGACGCUAAAACAAAAGGCAAAAUGCUUCCGUCAAUGGAUCUAAAACAGGAUUUCAAUCCAAAGCAAGAUGAAACCAUUGUCAAACGUUUAAACAAAAGCCCAUACACAAAGCCACCUUAUAUAUGGAACCCACACAUGACCCCGUCAGUGCUAAAGGUAAUAACACCUACAGCUCAACCACCAAAACCAUCCCAGCCAGCUUAUAUCAUUGCAACUUCGCCAUAUAAACCUAUUAGCACUGUUAAUACAGAAUUGGUGAUUACUGAUUCACUCAGACAAGCUAAAAAUAUAAUGACAAAAUCCUUUAGGCAAGGUGGGGUUAAAGUCGUAACCACUGAUUCCCCGAGACAGGACAGAGUUCAGAAUGUCAUCACUGACUUGCCAAGACAGGAGCGAAUCACAGUCUCGUAUCAGUCGGCGACAUCACCUUUUAAACCGUGGAAAACGACCGUGUAUAGAAAAUACAUCACACCAACGCGGGCACCAACACGGAGCACCAGAGACCAGGUGGCAGAGUCGAUCAAAAAUGAAGUUAAAGAAAUAUUCAAUCCCAUUGUCGAUGUUUAUGACGGCCAUUCGAGUAACAGAACACAAUUAUCUGAUAGUGAUAUUCCUGCUAAAUCAAGCACGCAGCUACCAUUAACACAGCUGACAACCAUGCAGGUGAAAUUACCGACACUGAGGACAAUACAGCAAGGUAUCGCCGGUAGAUCCAGUACAACGGCGUCGUCGUCUUUGAAACAAGGGGCAUCGCCAACAGAUAGCGAAAUCAGGUCCACAAGACCAUUCUUCUUGUUUGCCAAAAAUAAAACAUUCCCUACUCAGAAAGCAAUUUACCAGUCUCGUGCCACUCGAAAGGACUCGUCCAAAACCUCUUCCACUUCUCCGUCAACUACCAAAGUGAUUGCUACAACGCAUGCCAAACGAACAACAUACCCAGCAACAAAACGUGUGCUGACAACGAGGAGAAACAGGGUUGCGAACGGCUCCACGGAACGGUCAACUGCAAAACAAAGGGUCACAAGCAGAAUCACGAUGGUACAUAAUGAACCAAGCAAGAUACAGACAACUCGAAUAUAUACAAUGCACAGUACACAUAGUCCAAACAGACUGAGUAGACCUUCAACUAUACCAACAAGACGAUCUACAAUGCACAGUACACACAGUCCCAAACGACUGAGCAGACCUUCAACUAGACCAACAGUGCACAGUACACAAAGUCCGAAAAAACUGAGUAGACCUACUAGACCAACGACGCGAACUACAAUGACUGCGGCUAAAUCAAAUAAUCGCCAAACAACACGAUCAUCCACUAGGCAAGGAACUAAAGCUACAACCAUUACGACAACAGAAAGGAAUUUGGGAACUAGGUCCCAAAUUAGUCAUCGUCCUAUAAAACAGCCGACUAUUGUACCAGCAAAAAGGAAAACUGUUAAUCCUACAACAAGGAGACAGACAGCAUUGCCUACAGAACCAUCAAGACAGACACAGACACAGACUACUAAAGCAAAUCGAACAGUCGUCAACAAAGAAAGCCAUGACGUCGUAAGGAACACAGGGUCUCCUGCUCUAGAUUCCAGGAAAAUGGCAACACCCAAACCUAAACCUUCACAGCGUACAAAGACCUAUUGGAUACGAACUCGACCCACUGGACCCCAGCGGAUAUUUGCAUGGAUGACAAACACACAUACUACAGUGAAAUCGACUAUAAAUAAAUCAACCUCACAAAAGAUGGAUGCUGGCAUUAUAAGUGCUACUACUUCAGCCAAAGAGGUGACAAAAGGUGUAACAGACACUCUUGUCGACCAGACAAAGAGGACGCACUGGCCAAUGGAAGCUAUAUUGGGAGAUGACCAUAUUCACCCUCUCAAAUCGGCUCUAUUUGGUCUUGACAUUACUAAGAAGCCUCCCAGCUCCCAGAUGAAGUACCACACCGACUCUCCCAUGGCCAUGACCACUGGCGGAUGGCUUCUGGAUUGGCUCCACAUGAUAACGAGUAAACCCACAUACAAACCCCUGAUGAAGACUCUGAUCCCUGACGUGCUAGGUCCCUAUACAGGUAUACGAAACCGAAGGCAACAGAGAAACCUGGAUAUGAUAGAGUACACGAAAGGCAUCGAAAUUACCCACAUGACACAAUGA